UAUUUCUCCUGGGGUGCCAUGGCCGCAAGAAGCCAGGUAAAAGAUCUCCAAGAGGCUGUGAUCUGUUCCAUUUGCCUGGCUUCUUUUAACGAUCCGGUGAUUCUCAUCAAGUGUGGGCACAACUUCUGCCGAGCCUGCAUCACUCAGUACUGCCAGGAGUCCGAAACCUCCCCCCGGUAUCGCUGCCCUCAGUGCAGAAAACCCUUCCGGGAAGGAGAAUUCCAGCCCAACCGGGAGCUGAGGAAUGUCGUUGAAAUAGCCAAAAAAUUCCCAGAGCCAAGUGGGGAGAGAGCAUGUGAAAAACAUGAGGCGCUUUUGCAACUCUUCUGUGAAGUGGAUCAAACCCCGAUCUGCCUGGUGUGCAGAGAGUCCCGCAGCCACAAAGACCACCCAGUGCUUCCUAUCGAUGAGGCUGCUCUGGAUUACAAGGAACAAAUUCAGAGACAUUUGGAGAGUUUGAAGAAAGAGAGAGACGAGAUUCUGUCGUGUAAAUCGAGUGGGGAAAAUACAAGCCAGGAACUACUGAAACAGCUAAAAACUGGGAGGCAAAAGAUUGUGGCUGAAUUUCAGCAACUGCGCCAGUUUCUGGAGGAACAAGAGCGACUCCAGCUGGAAGAGCUGGAAGAGCUGAAUAAGGAAAUUGAAAAGAGGAGGGCUGAGUAUGUUGCCAAACUAUCUGAGGAACUAUCCUCUUUCAGUUCUCUGAUCAGUGAGAUGGAGCAGAAGUGCCAGCUGCCAGCGAGUGAAUUCUUGCAGGACAUCAAAGGCACCUUGAGCAGAUGCGAGAGGCAGAAGUUUCAGAACCCAGUGGCCUUUUCUUCUGAACUGAAAUGGAGAAUCGGGAAACCUUCUCAAAACUCUGCAGUUCUGGAGACCAUAGUGAAGAAAUUCAAAGACUCACUGUCGUCUAGCCAGCGGUUGGACAAAGCGAACGUGACUCUGGAUCCAGACACGGCCCAUCCCCACCUCAUCCUGUCUGCGGAUCGGAGAAGUGUGAGAUGGGGAGACACACGGCAGCACCUGCGCAACAAUCCUGAGAGAUUUGACACUGUGCCCUGUGUGCUGGGCUGUGAGGGAUUCACCUCGGGCCGACACUACUGGGAGGUGGAGGUGGAGGUGGGGACGGGGGGAUUCUGUGCUGUGGGGGUGGCCAGAGAGUCUGUGAGCAGGAAGGGAGACAUCAGCCCUUACCCUGAGGAGGGGAUCUGGGCUGUGAUGUGCUGGGAGGAUCGGUACUGGGCUCACACGUCCCCUGUGCAGAGCAUCCCCUUGUCCCCGAGCUGGGGACCCCGCAGGAUCCGGGUGUAUCUGGACUAUGAACGGGGGCAGGUGGCGUUUUUCGAUGCUGGUACCGGGGACCCGAUGGUCACUUUCCCAUUGGCCUCUUUCGCCGGGGAGAGAAUCCGCCCGUUCCUCUGGGUUGAACACAGAAAGUGUUCAAAGCUAAAUUUCCUGCUUUUCCCUGCCCUGAGCUGGGGGAGUGCUGGUGUGCGGCUCAGACUGUGUCCCUGAGGUGCCCUGUCUGUGCCCACGAAACAGGCGCCUGUAGCCCCCACCCCCUGAUCUCUAUGACCUGGAGGACUCACCCCGCCACACACACAGACGGGGCUGAAGGGGGGUGACGCUCUCCCCGUAGCUCUAUGGCUGUGGAGAUCUGUAUGAGGCGCUCUAGGAUCGGUCUCUAUGCUCCUGGCAGGCCAACUCUGGCUGGGGGAGGUCCCAACAAGGAAGGAGGGAGACCCCUGUGGGAGGGACCCAGCCGAGGGCCAGGGAGAAACCCCUCAACUGGGGGGG